AUGAAGUCGAUGAAGAUUGCAUUCCUCUUGGUAGCCUUGGCUGCAUGCGCUUAUGCCAAGCCAGCAGAAACCGCCGUUGACCCAAAGGAUGUUAAAGACAUCAAGACCACCACGACACUAACACCAGUUGUAACCGCCAAAAAAGAAGAAGUCACCACCACCACCACCACUACGACACUAACACCAGUUGUAACCGCCAAAAAAGAAGAAGUCACCACCACCACCACCACUACGACACCACCAGUUGAAGGCAACAAAAAAGAAGACGCCACCACUACAGUAGCACCAAAUAACGCAAACCCCGGAGAAGAAACCGCCACAACCGAGACCCCGAAACCCUCUGGCCCAGCCACCAAGGAAGAGAUCCAAGAAAUCAUCAAGGCCGGCUUGGCCGACGUCAACUCGAAGGUCAAGUCGACCCUCGUCGUCACUUCCAUCGUCUUGGUGGCCAUCAUCCUCACCGUGUUCGGCCUCUACAUGUACAGAAGGAGACACUAA